AUGCCACCAACAACAUUGAACAUGGACAUUACAGUCCUUCCUCCAGACGUAUUAUCAUUAUAUGAUGAAUCUUUCUAUGAAUUAGUUCGUAAACUAGCUGGUCCCAUAGAAGCCGACUUACUUGAACUACAAGGAAUUCGUAGUGCUUAUUCAUUGAUUCAUACUGAGGACAUAUUUGAUAUAUUGAAGUAUGAAUGCAAAGCAUUAGAUCAAAUUAAAAAAAAGGCUUGCCUUCUAUUGGACGAUAAUCGAUACAUCAUCAAACCUGGCUGUAAAAGUAAUUUACGUUAUUUCACUCAAUUGCUCAAUGUUAAAAACCAAGAGCACUUGAAAACAAUUGCACUUCGAAUGAAAUCAAAGCAAACGUCAAACGAUGAUAAUAAUAAUAAUAAUAAUAAUAAUACAUUAACAUCUCAAUCAUCAGCACAAGUUCUACCUACGUCUUCACCAUUAUCACCAACUACGGCAACAGGAACAACAGAUCAAAUGAAUAAAAAAAAACAUUAUGAUUUUCUUACUCAAGCACUAGAUGAUUGGUUACUUAGGAAUAAAUUAAAAUUAAAUCUUUCAAACGACAAAUUUAUGGAAGGUACUGACUACAAAUUAAGUUUAUUUUUAAAUCAAGGAUCUGAAGAGGCUAUUAUAUUAUGUUCCUGUGGAGUUCGAACAAAUUUAGCAAAAGAGAGAAUUAAUUUUUCUUUGAGCAAUUACUACAAGCACAUAAAAACAUCGAAAUGUUUGAUGAUGAAAAAAAAAAGAAAAUCAAUUUCAACUAAUACAAAUAAUGAACAUAGUCAAUCAACUCAACAACAAAUAUUAGCAACUGAUACAAUCGAUACUUCGACGACAUCUUCAUCACGUAUUGACAAUAACAAUAGUAAUACUCGUUUGACAUCUAGGAAACGUACAAAAUCCGCUUCGUACACUGAUUCUUCGCGAAAAAUUCGAUCACGUCCAUGA